CUGGGCUUACCGCCAGAGGUUCAAUUGGAAUUUGUCAAUGGCGGUCAUGGCAUUAAGAACCCCUUGGCCAUUGAAAAUACCCAUGGCCAUCAUCAUCAUCGUGCCAGCAGCAUGAACGGCAGCAGCAAUUGUAGUAAUCCCAGUAGCAAUAGUGAAAAUAGCCAAGAAUCUAAUAAUUUCGUUUGUCGCAUUUGUUUGAAAUCAUUUUCACUGAAGCGUCUCUUGAAUCGUCACAUGAAAUGUCAUUCGGAAAUUAAACGUUAUUUGUGUACGUUCUGUGGCAAAGGAUUCAAUGAUACAUUCGAUUUGAAACGACACACUCGCACCCACACCGGUGUCCGUCCGUACAAGUGUAAUUUAUGUGAGAAGAGUUUUACCCAAAGAUGUUCAUUGGAAUCGCACUGUUUGAAGGUGCACAGUGUACAGCAUCAGUAUGCGUAUAAGGAGAGACGGACUAAGAUGUAUGUCUGCGAGGAAUGUGGCCACACCACCUGCGAACCAGAGGUUCAUUAUAUUCACUUGAAAGAGAAUCAUCCCUAUUCACCGGCCCUAUUGAAAUUCUACGACAAAAGACACUUCAAAUUUAAUAACUCACAAUUUGCCAAUAAUUUACUUGGACAACUGCCAAUGCCGGUGCAUAAUUAGUUUGUAAGAUAUUCAAAAACAUAAAUCUAUAAAAUAA